AAACUGCAACCGUGGCAUAUUGGCAUGCAGGAAUCACACCUAUAAAUAUCCACUCCCGUAGCUAUUCAGAAACCACACAAAGACACACGUACUUGUAUACACAGCUCUCGCACCAAGCAAGCGUGCACAACAAUUGCACUACGAGAUCAUGGCCUCGGAUCGUAGGGUUUGCACCGUCCACCACAUGAGCCACGCGGCAAUCGUGCUGGUUUCAGUACUGCUGCUGUGCUCGGCACAUCCCUCCGCGGGAGCCAGGAGGCUCAUGGAGCUGUACAAGCCACCGCCCAGCGAGCAACUCACGUACCACAACGGCACCGUGUUGCGGGGCGACAUCCCCGUGUCGGUCGUCUGGUACGGCCGCUUCACGCCGGCGCAGAAGGCCGUCGUCUCCGACUUCCUCCUCUUGCUCACCGUCGCCUCGCCGGCGCCGACCCCGUCCGUGUCGCAGUGGUGGAACACCAUCAACCAGCUGUACCUGUCCAAGGCGGCGGCGCAGGGCAAGAACGGCGGCGGAGGCGGCAAGAUCACCACGCAGGUGAGGCUCGCCGGCCAACUCACCGACGACCAGUGCUCGCUCGGGAAGAGCCUCAAGCUGUCCCAGCUGCCGGCGCUGGCGGCGAGGGCCAAGCCCAAGAAGGGCGGGAUCGCGCUGGUUCUCACCGCGCAGGACGUGUCCGUGGAGGGGUUCUGCAUGAGCCGGUGCGGCACGCACGCGUCGAACGCCAAGGCCCGCACGGCCUACGUCUGGGUCGGCAACUCCGCCACGCAGUGCCCCGGCCAGUGCGCGUGGCCGUUCCACCAGCCGGUGUACGGGCCUCAGACGCCGGCGCUGGUGCCGCCCAGCGGCGACGUCGGGAUGGACGGCAUGGUGAUGAACAUCGCCAGCAUGGUCGCCGGCGUCGUGACCAACCCGUUCGGCGACGGGUUCUACCAGGGCCCCAAGGAGGCGCCGCUGGAGGCCGCGACGGCGUGUCCGGGGGUCUACGGCAGCGGUGCGUACCCCGGUUAUGCCGGGAACCUGGCGGUGGACCCCGCGACGGGAGCGAGCUACAACGCCAAUGGAGCACACGGGAGGAAAUACCUGCUUCCGGCUUUGUUCGAUCCUGCCACGUCAACCUGUUCAACUUUGGUGUGAGGGACUCAGGACGGAGGAAAUAUGGUGUAAUGAUAAACCGGUGUAUAUACGGAGCAAAGAGUGGUCAAGAGUAAAUACUACUUGUACUUCUUUGAAAAAAAAUAAUACCCCUAGAUAUGAUUUUUUAAGAAGAUCGGUAAAUAAAAUCGAAAUAGCUAUCCAUCUACUAACAGAUUUUGUAUGGCUUAA